AUGACGUCCAAUGUGGAUAUUCUCCGUGUAUUUGGAGCAGGGACGGAAUCAGGAUUAGAUAAUGAGAGGGUUUCAUGUAAUGAGUUGCAGAGCUUGUUAGGAGGGAGACAUUGCUUGAACCAUGCUGAGAUAGUUGUUGAGUCUGAGUCCGCAUCUACGUCGUCGUCGUUAAAGUACAAAUUCGGUAGACUUCAAGAUUUGCAUGAUUGCAUUGAGAAACUGCUUCAACUGCUCUUCACUCAACAAAUCUUAUCCCAAGAUCAGCAGAGGGAAUGUGUUGAUGAGCUGUUGAGAGUAUCUCUCAGGCUUUUAGAUGUAUGCGCACCAGCCAAGGAUGCCUUGUUGCAAGUAAAGGAAUGCACAAUAGAACUUCAAUCUGUCUUGUGUCGAAAGAGAGGUGCUACAAAAUGCUUUGCUAAUGAGGUCAGAAAACACUUGACCUCCAAGAAGGCAGCUAAAAAGGAAAUCUUGAAGGCCCUAAAGAAUUUGAAACAUAAGGACAAUAAGCAAGAAAACACUUGA